CUCCUACGUCCCGUGUGGUGGUCCAGAUGAGUGUGUGCUCAGAUAGUCGCACUGACCAGAGUCUGCCGUCCAGGGCGAUGGUUCCAUUGGACCACCGGCGAGUCCCGCUUGACCGCCACGGCGCCACCCAUGAAGUUCGCCUCACAGUCACACGCGCUCAGACAAGCAUCCUACCACUACUAGUCGCUAUACUCCAGACUAGUGCCACCGCCACGGCGCCCGCGGCUUGCUCCGUCCUCGUGGAUGUUAAAAAAAUACCCCUUGCAGCCGUCCGGGGCUCCCGUCGCAUGCACCCCCAGCCACAGCUACAGGCCACAGCCAGGCAGGCAGCGAAGCCAGCGACACGCCUCCGCCUUCGCCGCGGCCCGUACCCCCCGCCCCACGCUGCUUCUCCCACCACCUGCCUCCUCUCCUCCUUCCUGCUCCUGCCUCCUCAACCCCACUUCACCUCACCCUCCUCCCGCGCGCGGUCACGGACUAGCCGCACGCCACGCCGCCACCACUAGCUCGCUUCAUUUCCACCGCACGCACGCACGCACGUACGCGCGCCGCGCCGGCUCCCUCCCGCCACAGGUACGCGCGGGGUACCGGCGGUGUGUGUGCGUGUACGUGCGCGUCCGGCGGCUCGCACGCGUCGUCCGUCCGUUGAUGAGGCCCGCGCGCCGGGGCUGGGGAGUGGGUGCCUUGGCGCGGGCGUUCCUGGUUCUGCUGCUGCUGCUGCUGGCCGCGGCAACGACGACGACGAUCGGCUUCGGCUGCCGAGGCGCGGAGGCCAUCCGCGUCAUCCCGCCGCACGGGCCGGCGCCAGGCAGUGCGAGGAGUAGCCGGGGCCACGGCCAUCGCCGAAGCCAUGGCAACGCUGCCCGGGUGGUGGAUGCUGCAAUGCCGGUGGUGGGGACGAGGCCGGUGCCCGCGCUGUCGCCGGCGGCGGACGAGGAGAGCAAGCGCCGGAUCCCGAGCUGCCCGGAUCCGCUCCACAACCGGUGACCCCCUGACGCAUUGACCACCAUGCUCUGGCACAUGUGCUCGCCACGCUGCUCCUGCAUGGAUCGAUCAACCCUUUUGUCUUUCUUGCCUGCUUAAUCCUCUCAACUUCUCUUCUUUUGUUUUCUCAACUUCUCUGUAAUUAGUAGGCAGCCAGCUAGAUAGGGCUUUGUAUUGGAAGAAUCUCCCAAUCCAUUCCUCCUCCUAGCGGUAAGAGGGGAUCGAGAUUCUUGGCAUACAAAGCCCUAUCAUGCCUCACCACUUUAUUUAUGAUCGAUGAUGAUGAGAAAUCAAUGAAAAAAGAAUGCAAAGAUCUAUCAGAUUCAGAAAAA